AUCUCAUAUCUAGGGCUAAUCUUUGUUGUGGAUAGUAAUGAUCGUGAACGAGUUGGGGAAGCUAGGGAAGAAUUAAACAGGAUGUUAAAUGAAGAUGAACUCAGAGAUGCUAUUCUUCUUGUUUUUGCAAACAAACAGGUAAAACUGUAAAGAAGAAAAUGGAGCAGUUUCUGCAUGACAAGUGUGUGCAUUGCACAUGUAUGACUUUGUAACAUGAAUCAUAUGCACAUAUGGAUAAACAUUAUUUUACAGAAUUUAGGCAAUGUAUUAUUAGCAUGAAUGUCCCCAAGAUUAAUGAAUCAUUUAAGUUUAAUUGCCUUAUGCUGACCAUUAAAGAAGAAAUCUGCAGAGUUGUAGGGAUCAAAAACCAAAUUGCAUUUAAACUUCAAUAAAUUAUUGCUUUCAGCUCUCACACACUGUAGCUAAAUUGAGUGUCUUCCUUAAUUACAUAGAUGUAUUCCUUUCACUACUUAUUUUCUCUGUGUUAACAACAAAUCACAAAAUUUUACCCUUGGGGAGUUCAAAUAAUUUUGCUUUGUUUACUCAUGUGUUUUCUUGAAUUCUUAUGUGUGACUCACAGUCCUUUGUUAUGUAUGUUUUUUUUCAGGAUUUGCCAAAUGCCAUGAAUGCUGCCGAAAUUACUGAUAAGCUAGGCCUGCAUAGCUUACGAAAUCGUCAAUGGUACAUUCAAGCAACUUGUGCAACAAGCGGUGAUGGUUUAUAUGAAGGACUUGACUGGCUUUCUAAUCAGCUGAAAAAUGCAAAGUAA